CAACGCACGACCACAAUUAUUUGCACGUUUGGCGCCGCCCGCCCGUACGUACGUCGCUGCUAGCCGCGACAUGCCACUGGCAGUGCGCCCACUUACAGUGAUAACGUUGAUACCGCUACAGUCUAGCUACUAGCCUCACAUCAUCUUCUUCGUCCUACGACGGUGCGAGGUACUAGCUAGCUCUAGGCAUGGCCGUCUUCCCUUUGGUGAGGGUGCGGGCGCUGCUCCUGGCGGCGGCCGUCGUCCUGCUCGUGGGCGCGUUCGUGCGCGGCUCGGACGCUCAGCUCUCGGCGGGGUUCUACAGCGCGAGCUGCCCCACCGUGCACGGCGUGGUGCGGCAGGUGAUGUCGCAGGCUGUCAUGAACAACACCCGCAGCGGCGCCGCCAUCCUCCGCCUCUUCUUCCACGACUGCUUCGUCAAUGGCUGCGACGCCUCGCUGCUGCUGGACGACACGCCGACGACGCCGAGCGAGAAGGGCGCCGGCCCCAACGCCGGCGGCUCCACCUUCGGCUUCGACAUCAUCGACACCAUCAAGACGCAGGUCGAGGCCGCCUGCCCCGCCACCGUCUCCUGUGCCGACAUCCUCGCCCUCGCCGCGCGCGACAGCGCCAACCUGCUCGGCGGGCCGAGCUGGGCCGUGCCGCUCGGCCGCCGCGACGCGACUUUCCCGAACAGCACCGGCGCCGCGACGGACCUCCCGGGCCCGGACUCCGACUUCGGCACGCUCGUGGCCGCUUUCGCCGCCAAGGGCCUCACUUCGCGCGACCUCGCCGCGCUGUCAGGCGCGCACACGGUGGGCAGGGCUCGGUGCGCCAGCUUCCGCACGCGCGUCUACUGCGACGCCAACGUGAGCCCCGCGUUCGCGUCGCGCCAGCAGCAGUCCUGCCCGGCCUCCGGAGGCGACGCCAGCCUCGCGCCGCUGGACUCGCUCACCCCCGACGAGUUCGACAACGGGUACUACCGGAACCUGGUCGUCGGCGCCGGGCUGCUGCACUCCGACCAGGAGCUCUUCAACAACGGGCCCGUCGACUCGCUGGUGCGGCUGUACAGCGCGAACGCCGGCGCGUUCUCGUCGGACUUCGCCACGUCCAUGAUCAGGCUCGGGAACGUCAGCCCGCUGACGGGCUCCAGCGGGGAGAUCAGGCUCGACUGCAGGAAAGUGAAUUCGUGAUAUGCAUAUACGAAAUCGACUUGUUAAUUAAUUUGCUGCAAUGAAUGAACUAUGAGUCUAAAGCAUGACAUGACAAUGGAACAGAGACGUGUCACGGCCACAGGUGAACCGAUGUUCUAGAGUUUUCAUUUGUUCAGAGCUAUCGAGCGCGCUGUAUGCAUAAUAUUUUGGAAAUAUAGCAUGCAUUCUUUCAUUUACUCUACUUCAAUAUUAUUAGUGGUUAUUUAGUUU